AUGUCUGCCGCAAGAGAAGAGGACGUAGUCCGUGGCACCAACCAGCCACUGUUUAGUCCUAACGAAGAGGCAGUUGGCCAGAUCAUGAGCUUAGGAUUUUCUCGGAAUGCUGCAAUAAGGGCUUUGUUCUACACAGGCAACCAGAGUGCUGAUCUUGCUGCUGGCUGGCUGCUGGAGAAUGGAGACAGAAACCUGGAUGCUCCACUAGAGGCUGACUUGCAGGGCAGUGAUAGCAGCGAUGACGAUGAGUUUCUGACCACUGACAGCUUCAAGAUGGUGUUUGUGGUCAACAGCGAACUCAACAUGGGCGUGGGAAAGAUUGCUGCCCAAGUGGCACAUGCUGCCUUGAACUUGUUCCGCAACAUGAUAGAAGAUGAUGUUAAGGCCGAAAUGCUUCUAGCCUGGGGCCAUUUGGGAGAAACCAAGAUUGUGUUGAAAGGCGACAACACUCAACAGCUGGAGGCAUUAGCAACACAAGCCACAAACCUCAAACUGGACCGCUGUGUUGUUCAUGACGCGGGUCACACCCAGGUGGCGCCAGGAUCUGCCACAGUACUGGGCAUCUUUGGCAAGGUUGACGCUGUCGACAAAGUUACAGGGAAGCUGAAACUUUUGUGA